GGUAAAUAAAUUUCCCUUACUUAGGAUUAAUUGUACAGUUUGUGAUACAAAAUAAUUCAAAUCAAAAUUAGGGUUUACUUAAUACCUAUUCCUUUCGGGAUCUACCGGUUUGUGUUAAUUAUUUUGGUCCAAACAAAUAUAUUGUAAUUUAGGAUAUAGUUUUUUACUUUCAAGAAUUAUUAAAAAAAAAAAAAAAAAAAUCUUUGCGUAUUUAUCUAUUUACACACAACUGCUUUUUGAACAGAAGUGAUGUAAUGUAAAAGAAGUUUCCUUUUUACUUUUUUCCAUAUCCGAGUUAAAAUUUUCCAAUUUUUUUCAAGGUUUUCCUUUUCCUUAUGCGAGAUGUAUCAAUCUAGUCUCUUUAUAUAACUUAAGAGUUUCAAAAGCCAGAUUAAAAGUUUCAUAAUCUCCCUGACUCUCAAUUUGAUAUUGUCUCUCUCUCGUAAUCCCUUCUUAGAUUUCAUAUUUGGUUUCACACGAAAACGAAACAUGGCGAUAGAGAAACAACAAGAGAUUAACGAGUCGCAGAUCGGACUCACCUUGUUCUCCAAGCAACGUCGUAAUAAGACCGACAACGAUAAACUCUGCUUCGUCGAUUCUCCGACAUUCAACUCCUCGAGAUCGCUUCCUUCUACUGAUGCAAUCAUCAUCAUCGAUGACGAUGACGAUGAGGAUGUAACCCUAGAGCCGAAGAAGAAGAAGCGGAGAUUAGGGUCUUGGUGGGAGAACGUCGAAGCAUUCGACGAAUUAAUGUGCGUGGUCAAGGGGGCACCGAAAGCGAAGGAAGACAAUGAUGUUGCAUCAAGAGCGGAUUCGUGUUCUUCUACUACUGAUCUUAGCGAGACGAAGACGGAGAAGAAGAACGACGAUGAGAUAUCACUUCCGAAGAAGAAGAAGAACGACGAAAGCGUCGGUGAGAUCAGUACUACUACGAGGAAUAAGAAGGAUUAUGAACACGUGACCCUUGAGGAUUUAGAAGUUUCGAUGGAAGAUCUCAAGAGUAUCCCAUGGGAAUCGUUUGAUACGACAUGGGAGAUUAGGUCGGAUCCAUGGCUUAGUGGCUACACGGAAGACUUUGUCUCUCUUUAAUUCAAUUUACUUUUCCACUUUAAUUGCUUCCUUUUGGUCUUUCGUUUGUUUUUCAUUCUGCGUUUUAGUUUCGUAAAUCGAAAAUUCUUGACAAAAGACAAACUUUUUUUUUCUAA